GAUGAUGAUGGUAUUGCCCAAUCUAUGCAGAACCAAUUGUCAUUUGCCUCAAAUCCGCCUCCUACUGUGGUCUCUCCAUCGCUUGUCUUUCUUCGCUCUCACUCACCACCAUCCACUUCACUACCCAAGGUGGGUGCUUCUUCUUCGCCCCACUUCACCCCCACCAAGCGUGAUUCCCUCUUCCUCUGCGAGAGUGACUUCCCUCCAGAACCGGACCACGACGUAUCCGGGGACUGCGUUGCUGCUGAGGCCGCCAACAAAGGCGUGUUGAUUGCAGAGGCAAUGUGCAUACCCAAGUCCUCUGUAUCACGGUCUCGCCUGCCCUUCCAAACGCCCGAACUUCUCCAGCCACCAAUACCUUCUGCCGCUGGCGUUGAAAACGUCCCCGUCGCCACAUCGCUUCCAGCCCAAAUGGAUUACUUGCUAAGUGGCCACGGUGCCAACCCCUUUUCUGAUGACAGCCUCAGUUCUUCGCCGUCAAAGCCGGGCGCAGCGUCGUCGGGUGGGGGCUCGCGAAUGGCUGCAUCGAAGUGGAAAAAGUCAGCCAAGACGCGAAGACGCACGGAAGCCAAGCACAAGCAACCAGUGGCUAAUGACGAAGAGCAGCUAGUUCGCGAAGCAAGACAAAUCACACCCACGAAGAAGCACCGACAUCAGCGGAAGAAGUCAAGUGGCGAAAAAUCGGUGUCGGGGGAGGCGAAUUCAACUGGCGGCCCGACCACGCCACCACCAGCCCAUCGAUCGGAUUUUGACGAGGAAGACCCGACGACUGAGGGGUGGGCAGCUGAGAUUGACAAGGAGUCGACAAGCUAA